AUGAGAAUAUAUAGUGUUCGGCAGCUGCCAUCUGGAACUCCUUGCACAUACUCAUCAGCUAUCUAUUUCAAUAAUAGUGUUUAUUGCUUUGGAGGAAAUGAUGAUUAUGAUCCUUUAACCCUAUCAGAGAGAUUUGAUUUAAAUGAAAACCGAUGAAUUAAAUUAAAGCGACUGCCAAAAGCUGAUUCAAGUUGCACUAGUGUAAUAUUUAACGGGAAUAUUGUGAUUUCUGGAAGGAAUAAUAAAAAUCUUUUGAGAUAUUCAAUUGGUAGCAACACUUUCGCAACAAUUCCUUAUGAUUUUCAAGCUGAAAAAGACAAGAUUCUUAUAAGUGCAGAGAGACUGUAUUUAAUUGAAUGUGAAAAUGGAUCAAUCUAUGAAAGCGAAUUGUCAAAUGACACUGCCUGGAGAUGAAUUGGAGACUCAAUAAUAAAUGAUGAUUUUGCUCAAGUUUAUUUGUCAUAUAAUAAAGGAUGAAUAAACAUUGCACUUGAUGCUAGUUACUUCAAGUUUAAUUUAGAGGCAAAAAUAUUAAUCGAGCUGAAUUAAAAUAAUUUCCUAAUAAAUAGGUCUCAUUUAAUAAUCUUUUUAAAAUUUUUUAUUAUUUAAUCUAUUAUGCAAGUUGACACGUGCUGCCAUUUUAAUGUAUUCUUAAAGGGGGAGAGUUUUAAUUCUAAUAAACGAAAUCAACAGUUAUUUUUAUUACUGCUUAUUAGGAUAAGUACUUAAAUUUCUAAGAUCUCAGCAUUAUUUAUUUUAUGCUCACAAUUGUACACAAAUGUAGGAGGAUCUUACAUGUAUUUAUUAAUUAAUUUUGCUAGCCAUUACUCUCAAAUAUUAUUAUAAACUCGCUAUAAUUCAUUAAUGAUAUAUUCAAAAAUUAUGAGGUGUGUCUAAAAAGUAAUAUAUUAAACGUCUUUGCAUGCCCAAUAAAAUAUUUUAUAUUUAAAUAAUAAAAUUUAAGUCAAGAAAACUAGGCUUAGUAUUUUAAAAUAAUUAAUUUAGCCAUUAUAUCAAAAUGAAUGGUGGUCCAUUAGUGAUUUUUCAAAGAUUUUUGCCUCUUUCAGCUUCUUUUCUUUUAAAUCAAAUGAAUAAGCACAUUGAUAAGUUGCAAUGUAAAUUAUUUCUUUAUAGCAAAUGGGGUAUCCACAAACAACUGCAUAAUCUUUAAUUAAUGAGCAUUCUCCAAUAUUAUUUCAAGUCAUUAAAUCAUCGUCACUCUCAUAUAUAAAUUUGGAAAAUUCAAAUAAAAAUACCUUUUCACCUACAGCAAAAAAUUGUUUAUGAACUUUAGGUGAUAACUUUAUUGGUAAAAUUUCUGAAUAAGAGUCUGUAAUAGUAUCAUAAAAGAUAGGAUUCUCACUAGAAGAUGCUAUUAAAAUUUUGGUUUUGAAUAAAGUGCAAAAGGCUCGAUUCUCAAUAGAAAAAGAAUAUUUGCUAAGUGAAAACCAUCUAUUUUUAUCCAUGUCGAAUUUUACUGCAACUUCAUGAGAUCCUCCAAAAAUAUAUAUUUUUCCAUCAAAAUAAAUUGCUCCUGCAUGGUAGCAUAUAGCAUAAGGUGUAAUAUUUCUUGAAUUUCCCAAUGGGUCAAUAAUUAUUCAAGUAUCAUUUCAAGCAUAAAACAAGCUACCAUGUGGAAUUAAGCAUCCAAAUCCAUCACAGUUAAGCUCUUUAUUGUAAUUAUAACUAAAUUUCUUUAUAUUUAAGGUUUCCGCAUCAAAAAUAGCGAAUUUGUUUGGAAAUCCUCUACAUACAAAUUUAAUUACUCGAGUAAUGGGAGAAUAGCGCUCACAGUAAUCGAAACUGUUUUCCAAUGGUUCUAAUUUAAAUAAUUCAGCUAUUUUAUGUUCCUUAAUACUGUUUAUCUCAAAUUUUGGAGACCUGAUUUUUUCAGUCACCAUUUUGCAGCCAGACAGCACUGUUUCGAGAAAAGAGAGUGGCUUUGAAUUAUCAAUUUCUCUUAAAGUGCAAAUUUCUGAAAUAAUUUCGUUGAUUUUUUGUUCAUAAAUUUUGAGCUUUUCCAAAGUAUUUUCAGAUGCUUUAUGGAUUUGCUGGACAAGAGAGCGUUCUUCAUUGAUUAUUCUUAUUUUGUCAGCUUUUAUAUCUGAUUUUAUUUUAGAAUAUAGCUGAAUAGCAGAUAAAUUGUUUCUUGCUUGAUUUCUGAAGAAUUAUUUUGAGCUUUUGUCAGUUGAGAAUAAUCAGAUAUAUGGUUCUUAAAUAAAAGAAUAGGAUUUGCUUCAGACAUGCCAAAAAAGAUUAAAUAUUAACAUGUCUUUGAUUAAGCUUAGAUGAAAAUGCAGAUUACUAGAAAUAAUAAAGUUUUAUUCUUACAAUCCCCAAAUGAAAACAAAAUUCUUUCCUUAUGAAUAAAUUUACUUGCAAAAGAUAUUUCGCUUAAAUCUAGCAGAAAAUUUAAAAACACUUCCUUUCAGAAUUAGCACGCUAUAUUGCUUUCUCCUUCUGCAUCACAAAAGUAUUGAAACUUAUAUUUCGACAAAAAUAGAAGAGAAAAUAUGUCUCACAAAUAAUGAACAGGCAAUUUAAUGAUUUUAAAUAUAAACACUAUUCUUUAAAUGGCAUAGGUUAGAAAUUAAAUUAAGCAAGAAUGAUGUCAAUUAGUUAUUUCUAAUAACUAAGAUUUUAACUAAAAUAAUAAUUUUAGUGCCAAAAUUUGGUCUUCUAAAACUCGUUAGGAAAUUUUUAAAGGUUUUUGAUUUGUCUACUUUAUUUUCUUUUAAGUUAAAUGAAUAAGCAAAAUGUGAAGUCUUGAUAAAGCGCGGGAUAGCCAAGCAUAGUUUCAUGAUCUGAUAUUAUUCUGCAGUGUCCAAAUUUAUUUCACGCUAUUAAGCUAUCAUCACUUUUAUAUAUAAAUUGCGAAAAUUCUAUUAAAAAUACUUUUUCGCUUUUAACGCAAAACAAUUUAGAUGUGUCAGAACAUAGCUGUAUUGAUAAAGGAGUAGCACUUAAGGACGCUAUUAAAAUUUUGCUCUUAAAUAGACAACAUAUGUGCGAUUCCCAAUAGAAUUUCUAAGCUUAUAAAAAUUGCACAUUAGAAAAUUAAGAUUAUGAGAAAAUUAAGGGUAUUUCACAUAAAUAAAAACUUAUAUUAUGUGCUUCUACUAAUAAUUGCAUUUGAAAGUCAUUCUAACCCUUCAUUAAGCCCAUCUCCAGUAAUUGCACAAGUACUUUGAAUAUAUGCUAUUAUUAAUUAAAUUCAAAAAAGAUAUAUAG